GGCGUCUCGCCGCUCCCGGAAGUCCGUGAGGGCCAAGAUGGCGGCGCCGUGAGCGAAGUGGGACGAGCCGCAGCCGCCCGGGCCAUGGCCGACCCGCUCCGCUGGGCCCUGCUCUGCGCCGCGCUAGCCUGGGGGCUUGGCCCCGCGGAGGCGACGGGGCCCGGCAGCGACAAGCGCUUAGUGAGCCCCGUGGCGGCCACGCCGUGCUGGCACGUGGAGGAGUUCGUGGUGGCCCAGGAGUGCACCCAGUGCACCACCUUCGAGGCGAAAACGAUGCCCGAGUGCAGCCUGACCGGCUUCAUUGAGCGCAUUAACUGUGCCACGUCCCAGAAGGACGAGUACAAGAGCUGCCGUUCAGCGGGGAUGGAAGCCCGUGCCUUCUGGAGGUUCGAGGGGGCCAUGAUCGGCGUGGCUGUGAUCUUCGCCCUGCUGGUCGUGUGCCGCCAGAGGAUGCUGGACAGGAAGGCCCUGGAGAAGGUUCGCAAGCAGAUUGAGUCCAUCUAGUGUUGCUGCCUUGGGAGCCGUGGCAGCCCCUGCCUUCUGCUUGUGUCUGGGAGCCGUGGUGGCAGGGAAUCUGUGCUGGGGACUGAGCUCUGCUCCUUGCUCCUCUGGGAGUACAUCAUGCUGCUAACACUGACUGAAGGUGCUGGGAGCUGCCCUGCUUGCUCCUUGGAGACUAUGGGAGUCUAGCCCUGGGACACUAAACGAGGGUAGCCUGCCCCAGCAGGCCUCCCCCUUGGCCUGUUUUGGCCUUCGUGCAGCAGCCGCAGUCUUGUCCUACUGUAGCUCCGUUUCCCUUUUGGCUGGCGGCCGUGGAAGGGGGCAAGGCUUGCGCUGGGCUCUUGGGAGCCAACUUGGUGCCCAUGUGCUCUAGGCAGGUGCCCCUGCAAUAAAUGCCACUUCUGACUGCAAGAAA